UCUCAAACUAACUGAUGUAAACAAAACCAGCGUCCUAGAGGUAACAGGGAGCAAAGCUGUUCACAUAUUUCACAAACAGUUUUAAAGCAUUCGACACAUUAUUAGGAAGGAUUAAGUUAUCCUUAAAUAAAUAUUUUGGAAUUAGCGACUAAGUUAACGAAAUCGGGCAAGGUCCCUCUGUGCACCUUCAUUGUUCUUUGUUCUGACAGCGUGAGGAUUUGGGAACCUCGAACACACACCAUGGAGGCUGGUCCUUCUCCUGACGGCUCCACUGGACAGAAGAAUAUGUCACCUGUGGACAUGCUGAGAAUAAAGCAGCAGAUGUCCAACCAGUGCUUUGAGAUGGCUGUACAGCUCAAUGCAGGAAAGAAUAAGAGGUCAUGCAGCACAUCUGAAGCGGAGAGAGAUUUACCAGAUUAUGUCACUGAGCUGGAAGAAGUCAAGACCAAUUAUUUUAACAGCACACUGGCACUGCACAGAAUGCAGAUGUGGCAUGCCAUUGGAGAAAAGCUGAAACAAAAUGAUGCAGAAGCUGAUGCACUGAAAGCUGUAAGCAAUCGCUGCAUGGGCAUGUGUUCACAUAUCCAACAAAUUCAGAAAGAGUCGAGAGAUCUUCAAAACGAAAUAACAGAUGUACAGAAGAAGAGACUUGAGAUGAAACGUCUCACACAUGAGAAAAUGAAAGAGAUCGAGGAGUUGAUGUCUAAGAAAGAGCAUCCAGACAUAGAGAAGUACAAAGCAGUGCUGGAGAAAGGUCUGGCCAACAUGGAGAAAUAUAAAAAGAUAACCAUCAUGACACAGAACGUCCUCAGGGGAAUCCUCUUGGCCUGUAAAGUCCACUGGCUGGACGAUCCAAAACUUCGAGAUCUCGUCAUGACACUGGAGGAGUUUCCUGUCUUGGACUAAUUCACUCAUAUUUAUGUUUGUGUUUUUUUUUUUUAAAUAUCUUAUUUUAAAUAAAAUCUAAACCCAC